CGGCCAGGAUCGGACCAAGGAUUCUCGGAAAAAGAGCUUGGGAAGCUCGUCUUAGGCUGGAUUGAUCUCACGGAAUUUGUAGGAUAGUAGGCAGUAUUUCUCAGGAGGUUCACUUGCUUAGUAUAUGUUGUUUUGAUCGAAUUGAACUGAUUCACCAGAAGAGUGCCGGUCCGCCGUAGGUCCAUGGAUAGGAACAAUGGACAAUUAACAAUGAACCAUGCGGAGCCAAAAGAAUCGAUUGUCCUCAAACGACCGAAAAAAAGACACGGAAUGCCCGAGGGACUGCACAGCAGAAAAACCUCCGGGGGACAGCGAGAAGAUCGACCUCGUGGCGGUUCUGCAGUUGGUUCUGCCCGCACUUUUGCUUGGGGCUGCGGCGAAAACCAACUCGAGUUUUCCCACUUCGACUCUUCCCUUCUUUUCUUCACCCUCCAACGCUCUCCCUCACCACCACCACCUUUCGUCCUCCCCACCCGCAAUCCCCUCCAGUCUUCCUUGUCUCAUCUUUUGCUGGCAUUGACUUGUCUAGCAUCGAGGAUUCUCUGGGAGACCCGACUACUUCUCCAAUUUGCCUUCGUUGUCACUUCAACCCGUCGGUUUCUUUGUGUGUCUUUGCUGCGUCAGACAAACAACAUCUCGCCACGCAUUGCCCGCAGCUCCAGAGCACCCCCAAUUUGGUCGAUUGUUGUUAUCUUCGCUCUCCACGUCUCGGCCGCUACCAGACGCUCGUCCAGACGUCAUCUUUUCCAGCCCUACCUGAGUUCCUCGCGCCAUCCUCCCCGGUAUUACUCACUGCGCCGCCGGGCUGCAUCCCACUCAGUACCUUUCACGAGACCGGAUUCGCCGAAGUCUUGGAACAUUGCACCUGCACGCGCACGUUCCACUGCGAUUGUGACUUUUUGAUAAACUCGAUUUUACACAGAAGAGAAGGCUAAACUAGAGUCAACAUGGCUGCUCCUACACAGCUUGCGUGUACGUUUCACCUUCGUCUCCCUCGCCUCCCUCCUCGAUUCGAGUAGGGUUCGAGUGGUUUUCGAGCCAUUUAGAGCAUGCGCCCGGCA